AUGUUGUGGAAACUAGCAGAUAAUGUCAAGUACGAAGAGGACUGCGAGGACCGGCACGAUGGGAGCAGCAACGGGAACCCGCGGCUCCCCCACCUCUCGGGCGGACGCCAGCACCUGUGCACACCAAAUGUGGAAGAUCAACACUUAUUAAUGCAUGACCAGACAGUCAUUAGAAAAGGUCCCAUUUCCUUAACAAAAAACAGCGCUCUGAGUCUCCCCUGCCAAAAGGAUGGAUUAAUUGGAGUGGUCAUAAACCCCAAUGAAGUAUUUUGUUCUGUGCCGGGGAGGCUUUCCCUCCUGAGCUCCACGUCGAAAUACAAAGUGACAGUAGCAGAGGUGCAGAGGCGGCUCUCGCCCCCCGAGUGUCUCAACGCCUCUCUGCUGGGAGGAGUGCUCAGAAGAGCCAAAUCUAAAAAUGGUGGCAGAUCAUUAAGGGAAAAACUGGAUAAAAUUGGCUUGAAUCUUCCCGCUGGUAGAAGGAAAGCUGCAAAUGUGACGCUAUUGACAUCUUUGGUGGAAGGUGAAGCUGUACAUCUUGCUCGUGACUUUGGUUAUGUUUGUGAGACAGAGUUCCCUUCCAAAGCAGUGGCCGAAUAUUUAACGAGACCACACAUGGGCCGCAAUGAAAUGGCGAACAGAAAGAAUAUGCUUCUUGCUGCAAAGCAGAUUUGUAAGGAAUUCACAGACCUCCUCACUCAGGACAGAACUCCUCUUGGAAACACGAGACCUAGUCCCAUCUUGGACCCUGGCAUCCAGGGCUGUUUGACUCAUUUUAGCCUGAUCACACAUGGCUUUGGGAGUGCUGCCAUCUGCGCUGCCAUGACAUCCGUCCAGAACUACCUAAAUGAAGCAUUAAAAAUAGCAGACAAAACAUACAUGAACACUGGCGACCAGAGCCCUGCAGAAACCAACAAAACCAUUGAUAAAAUGGAUAAGCACAGGAAGUAA